AUGGACCAUAGACCACGCCAUGGAGAAGAACUCCCAUGGGCCAAACCCCUCAGCAUUGAUCUCCUGCACAAAGUUCUCAAAGUAACUUUCCUACACCCCUUCGUCGCAUGGAUGAUUCCCCUCUGUAUGCGUGCGCAAGCUAUGCCCUGGCAUCACCAAGCUAUUCAAUACGCAAUCGCCUAUGCAUCACUGCUCACCAUGCUCUUUUUCCUCUCCAUUCUCAAUCGGCAGAUAGCAUACUCCAAAUCUAGAAAGGUGGACUUAUCCGAAGAGGUUAUAGUGAUUACCGGUGGCGCAAGCGGAUUGGGAUUAUUGGUCGCGGAAGUAUAUGGCAUGAGAGGCGCAACGGUAGCAGUGUUAGACAUACGAGAUUUAGAGAGUGGAGAAGCUCGGGGUGUGAGUUAUUACAAAUGCGACGUUGGGAACCGGGAAGAAGUUGCUCGAGUUGCUGUAGAAAUCGAACGAGAUCUUGGAAGCCCUACAAUCCUCAUCAACAACGCAGCGGUCGUAAACGGGAAAAGCCUCCUCGAUCUCUCUAUCGAUGAAAUCGAACACAAUUUCAGAGUGAACCUUUUGGGUAGCUUCUACACCCUCAAAGCCUUCCUCCCAGGCAUCAUUCGUACCGGUCACGGAACCAUCGUGACCAUGUCCAGCGUCCUGGGACACCUAGGGGCCGCCCAACUCAGCGACUAUAGCGCAUCAAAGGCAGCAUUAACCGCACUCCACCACUCUCUAACCGCCGAACUCAAAGCUCACCCCAAUAUCAAAACCGUGCUCGUUGAGCCCGGACAAUUAAGCACCCCGUUAUUUUCCGGAACCGUGACGCCGAAUAGUUUCUUCGCGCCGGUGUUAGAGCCAGUUGAUGUAGCGAGGGAGAUUAUCGCAACGAUCGAUAAGGGGAGUAGUGCGGUGUUGGCGAUGCCGUUGUAUGCAAGGUGGGUGGGGUGGAUGGGAGUGUUGCCUGUGGGGUUGCAGGCGAUGGCGAGGAAGGUUAGUGGGAUUGAUGGGGCGAUGAAGACAUUUGAGGGAAGGAGGAACGGGAGUGAGAAGAAGAAAAUCUUGAUAUAG